UUUGUAGGUUAGAGUUUGACACACGUGUUUUUGACAUGGGGUUUGGUUGUUGUUUCACAAUCUUUCAUUUAACUAGAUUUUUGUGAUAUUAUUUUCUAUGUGCAUUAUUAUUUAACAUUUGUUCCUUCUUUGUUAUUUUCAAAUGAAUGUGAAGUUACAGUGCAAACAAUGUAGGCAUGUUAUCUUCGAGAACUCAGCAGAUUCCUUGAAAACUGUCCAUAAUGAACCAGUCGGGGACGCUCUACAUCACUAUCAUUCUCAAACGAAAUGUGACAAUACAAUUGAUGACAUCUGGCAUUUAGCUGAUACAGACUUACCAGAAUGGAUGAUUGAAACCGUUGAUGCGACUGGUUGGAUGAAAGGAAAAUUGAAAUGUCAAAGAUGUUCUUCCAAUGUGGGUUCCUUCGACUUCAUAACUGGUCUCAAAUGCCCGUGUAAAAAAUUUGUUAUACCUCCUGUGCAUAUUGUUAAAAGCAAAGUUGAUUUUAAGAUGUGAAUAAAUCAAUUAAUUUUUGGUA